AAGUGGACCCGGCUUUGAUCGACAGGCCAGUCCACUGUUUCUAGACUCGUCUAGGGCGUCACAAGACGCUCCAGAAAGUUCGGUCCCAGUCCGCCUUAUAAAGGACCAGCCGUCUUCCUCCGAGGCACUAUUGAAGCAGGACGUUUACUGAAAGUUACUACAGAUCCUGCCACGAAGAUGGUUAAAGAGACAGGUUUCUAUGACACUUUAGGUGUGAACCCUAAAGCCACACCAGACGAGAUUAAAAAAGCAUACCGAAAACUGGCACUGAAAUAUCACCCGGACAAGAACCCGAAUGAAGGAGAGAAGUUCAAACUGAUAUCUCAGGCCUAUGAGGUUCUGUCAGAGCCCAAGAAGAGGGACCUCUACGACCAGGGUGGAGAGCAGGCUAUCAAGGAUGGGGGCAUGGGGGGAGGAGGUUCCCCUAUGGACAUAUUCAACAUGUUCUUUGGAGGCGGAGGCAGAAUGCCUCAGAGGGAUAGGAGAGGUAAGAACGUGGUCCAUCAGCUCACUGUGACUCUGGAGGAGAUGUACAAUGGAACCAAUAGGAAAUUGGCCCUGCAGAAAAACGUAAUCUGUGGAAAAUGUGAAGGGUACGGUGGUAAGAAGGGCGCCUUGCAGACGUGUGGUUCAUGUAAAGGCAGAGGAGUGGAGAUCAAGGUGCAGCAGAUCGGGCCAGGAAUGAUCCAGCAGAUCCAGACCAUGUGUGCAGAGUGCCAGGGAGAGGGCGAACGCUUCAACUCUAAAGACCGAUGCAAGACCUGCAACGGACACAAAGUAGAACGCAAGAAGAAGAUUCUAGAGGUUCAUAUUGACAAAGGUAUGAAGGGGGGUCAGAAGAUACCAUUCCACGGGGAGGGCGACCAGGAGCCUGGUCUGGAACCAGGUGACGUGGUGAUCGUGCUGGACCAGCAGGACCACCCAGUGUACCAGAGGCAGGAGGACGACCUGCACAUGAAGAUGAACAUCAAACUGGUUGAGGCCCUCUGUGGCUUCAAGAAGACCAUCCGUACGCUAGAUGGCAGGAUGCUCAUCAUCACCUCUUCACCAGGUAAAGUAGUGAAGGCCAACGAUGUGAGGUGUGUCCAUAAUGAAGGCAUGCCCAUCCACAAAGACCCUUACGACAGAGGGCAGCUCAUCAUUCAAUUCCAGGUGGAGUUCCCAGAUAAACACUGGCUGCCAGAGCACCUCCUCCCCCAGCUGGAGGCCCUCCUCCCGCCCAGAGACGAGCAGCUGAUCUCAGACGACAUGGAGGAGGUAGACCUGAAGGAGAUGGAUCGCAGCUACUCUCAACAGAAGAGCGGCAGCAGUGGAGGAGGGAAGCCAAGCUUUGAGGAUAUUGACGAUGAUGAGGGGGGAGGCCAUGGCGUGCAGUGCCAGCAGCAGUAGAAUAUAGAAACUCAUGCUGCACUGAAUGUUUAGUUUGUUCAAUUAAUCGGUUUUAGAAUCUAUGUAUACAAAUCACGUCAAACUCAGUUCCUGAAGGACAGGGUUUGACAAAAGCCUUAUUCAUUAGAGUUCAAAGUCCACUGUUAUCAAGCGCUGCACUGAAAUGCCUACUUUCACAGCAAUGUCAUGUUUUAGGCAGUACAUCCGAGCCAUAUCCGCAGCUGUUUUCCUCCAGAUACUAUUCAACACGUCUGUUGUAUCUUUAUACUGAGGGUCAGGUUAGGAGAAUGUAUGAGGCAGGGGAAAUAACUCUUUCCCUAACCUUAACAUAAGUUAGUUACAAAGCUUGUCAAAAGAUGUUGUCCCUGACAUGACCACUAGAUGGAGGUGUAGACCUACUCCAUCUUGCCACAAUGGUAGAGUGAUGGUCUGUUUACAUUUCUAUCUAACAUAACACCUGCACUCUUUUUCUCCGUGUGUAGUGUAAGUUGUGUGUAUUGUUUUAUUUCGUAUGGAUCUGUUCAUGAGAGAUAUACUAGGAGGCACAGAAAACAGACUUGUUGCAUUUCAAUUAUUGACUUAGGUCCAUAACUCACCAGAGGAACCUGUACGCUUUCUUUAACUGACUCACCAGAGGAACCUGUAUGCUUUCUUUAACUGACUCACCAGAGGAACCUGUAUGCUUUCUUUAACUGACUCACCAGAGGAACCUGUAUGCUUUCUAUGAAGGUAAUGUUACUGUCUCACCACAGGCGUUUCACCCACUCUUGAAAUGGAUUGAUUCUUUCACAAAUAAAACCUCUCAAGAAUG